AUGCACUCGCCCGCACAGUCGCCUAUCCUGGAUGUCACUGAAACCUUAUCGAUGCCAUCCGACGUGGAUGCAGAUCAGGAAUCCAAAAAGAAUUCUCCAUACCCCUUUCCCAUUCCCCAAAAUCUCGGGCUACCUGGCUUGGGUUUCCCUGGGAUGAUCACUGCCAAGAGAUCCACAGAAUCUCUCCCUGCCUUCGAGUACAUCGCUCCGCCAAGUCACACUCUUCAGGCCCUGGAAUUCCCGCUAAUGGAACUGAAUCGAGUGGGCAUGAUUGGAGGUGGAAUGUUUCCGGGUUUCAUGCACCGUCGUGUGCGCGGAGAAAAGCGACCCAUUCCGGAGGCUCAAAAGGAUGCCAAAUACUUUGAGAGGCGAAAACGGAACAAUGAGGCAGCGAAGAAGUCCAGGGAUGCACGUAAAAUCCGUGAGGAUAGAAUAGCUUUUCGUGCUGCUCUUCUGGAGCAGGAGAACUCUAUUCUGAGAGCCCAAGUCUUGGCACUGAGGGACGAGCUACAGACGGUGCGACAGCUCCUGGGAGCCACAACCGCCGGCGGUAUGUUGUCAAUGGCCAGGCAGGUGUGA